AAGGGCUGGGCGCCAAUGCCCACAGCCAGCUCCCACCCAUGGGCCAGGGCUCCGGGUUGCUGGGGGAGGGAGGCCAAGCUCUUGCCCCGGACUCUCACCCAGCUCGACACCAUGCCCAACUUCGCUGGCACCUGGAAGAUGCGCAGCAGCGAGAAUUUCGACGAGCUCCUCAAAGCUCUGGGUGUGAAUGCCAUGCUGAGGAAGGUGGCCGUGGCCGCAGCCUCCAAGCCGCACGUGGAGAUCCGCCAGGACGGGGACCGGUUCUACAUCAAGACGGCCACUACCGUGCGCACCACCGAGAUCAACUUCAAGGUCGGAGAGGGCUUCGAUGAGGAGACGGUGGAUGGGCGCAAGUGCCGGAGUUUGCCCACUUGGGAGAAUGAAAAUAAAAUCUACUGCACACAAACUCUGGUGGAGGGCGAUGGCCCGAAGACUUAUUGGACCCGGGAGCUGGCCAAUGAUGAGCUGAUUUUGACUUUUGGUGCUGAUGAUGUCGUGUGCACGAGAAUCUACGUCAGGGAAUAAAAAGAUGUUGUGGUCUGGUCCUGGGAAUGGGGAGGGGGGAGUAGGAUGAAGGCAUGUGCACCCAUACUUUGUGAGGGGCUAACUCCUUGGGGGACCCGGGACCAGCUCUUCCUGAAGCAGCCUUGAAUGUGAAACCGACUUCAGACGAGAAGCCCCGCCAGCCCAUGUUAGGUGUAUUCUUUGGUUUCGUUUCCCUUGCCGAAAGCAGUCGUGUUUUCUCCUCUGAGACAUCAUUCUUCUCCUGUAUUUGCCAUUUCGUAUCUUGGAAUUUGUAUGGUUUCAUUACUCAUUAAAUUUGUUGGGCAGA